AUGGUUAACAAACUUUGCCUCUUCUAGAAACUAUGUGGGACCAAUUACCCAACCAGCAUCUGCUUCGUAGUGGUGAAUGAGUUCUGUGAACGCUUCUCCUACUAUGGCAUGAAAGCGGUGCUGACACUCUACUUCCUCACAUACCUACACUGGGACAAGGACCUUUCCACCGCUGUCUACCAUGCCUUCAGCAGCCUCUGCUACUUCACACCCAUACUGGGAGCUCUCAUCGCUGACUCCUGGCUUGGAAAAUUCAAGACCAUCGUCUACCUGUCCAUUGUGUAUGUGAUCGGCCAUGUGGUCAAGUCGGUGGGUGCCAUUCCCACUGUGGGGAACACCGAUGUGCACAUCGCUCUGUCCAUGGUAGGGUUGAUACUCAUAGCCUUCGGCACCGGGGGAAUCAAACCCUGUGUGGCAGCGUUUGGAGGAGACCAGUUUGACGAGGAGAAUGUCAGCGAGAGGCAGAAAUUCUUCUCCAUUUUCUACAUGUCAAUUAACGCUGGGAGCCUCUUGUCAACUGUGAUUACACCCGUACUGAGAGGUGAUGUGCAGUGUUUCGGUGGUGACUGCUACGCUCUGGCCUUCGGGGUUCCUGCAGCUCUGAUGGUCGUGGCUUUAGUUGUGUUCAUUGCCGGCAGCAGCCUGUACAAGAGGAAUCCUCCCCAGGGAAACAUCCUGCUGGAAGUCUGCAAUUGCAUUGGGUUUGCCAUCAAAAACCGCUGGCAGAGACGGAGGUAUGAGCCUCAGAGAAAGCACUGGUUGGACUGGGCUGACGAGAAGUACUCGAAGCGUCUGAUCCAGGAGAUAAAGAUGGUGCUCCGGGUUUUGGUGCUCUACAUCCCGCUGCCAAUGUUCUGGGCUCUGUUUGAUCAGCAGGGUUCCCGCUGGACACUUCAAGCCACGAGGAUGAACAUGGCUUUUGGAGAUUCCUUCACUAUUAAGCCGGACCAAAUGCAGAUGUUGAAUGCGCUGAUGAUUCUUCUCUUCGUGCCCAUCUUUGACCUCAUCGUAUAUCCGCUCGUUGGCCUUUGCAGAAUCAACAUCACGCCUCUCAGGAAAAUGGCCGCAGGGAUGGUUUUUGCAGCGCUGGCCUUCGGAGCGGCCACACUGGUGGAGGUGAACGUUGUGAAAACAGUGGUGGAUCCUGCACCUGCGGGGAACUGUCUCCUGCAGGUCUUUAACCUGGCAGGAGGGGACGUCAGUCUGCAGAUCCCCGGCAGCAACCCAUUUCCAGAACCGAUCAAAUACCUUCAGGACCCUCCGAAAUAUGAGAUGCUUCCACUGGGGGCGCCCAGCAAGAUGCUGAAGAUUGAAGUCACUUUGAAUGGAGCAACCUCAGAGUGUCAACACAUAUUUAACCAACAGAAUUCCUACAGUCUCAUCGUAUUCUCUGAAACUACUGGAGUCCAGUGCAAACUUGUGGGCGACUACAUAAAGAAAAAUGAAGAUGGAAAUCCUCUCCUGAGGUUCCUCAACACACUGCCAGAAGCAAUAAACCUGACUGUGGGAGAUGUGACUUUCCACGUGCCCUCUGGUGACAUGUCUCCUAACAAGACUGUGGAUCGGGGAGAAUACGCAGAAGUCAGCUGCAGCCUAGAGUCAAAAGAGUGCUCCAACUUUAACCUUGGACUGCUGGACUUCGGAGCCUCCUACACUGUCUUACUCAUGGAGGAAUUCAGUAAUGUUAGGGCUCACAAGAUGGAGGAUGUGAAAGCCAACAACGUGCACAUCGCCUGGCAGAUCCCCCAGUAUGUCCUCAUAACAACUGGAGAGGUCAUGUUCUCCAUCACAGGCCUGGAGUUCUCCUACUCACAGGCUCCAGCCAACAUGAAGUCCGUCCUGCAGGCCGGCUGGCUGCUCACUGUUGCGUUUGGGAACGUGAUAGUGCUGAUUGUGGCAGAGGGGGCGGGACUGGAACAGGUACAACUUCAUGGGAUUUUAUCUCGCCUCCCUUGUCCACCUCCUCGUGCCUCCCCCCUCCCGCCCGCCCUUCGUCACCAUGGGGAGCAGGGCUUUCAGCUGCUCUGCCCCCCGACUCUUUGGAAACUCCAUCCCCCACCCGGACCUCAGGAACCUGGACUCUCUCACACUCUUCAAAUCAAGACUAAAAACUUCACCUUUUCAGAAUUGCAUACCCCCACUUAA